GGAUGGGAGGGGGGGUCCCAAAUCCCGGAGCGCGCUUUGGGGGGGGUCCCGGUCCCGUGUCCCGCUUGGGGGCGUCCCGGGGGGGGUCCCGCUCCUCGGGUAUGGGGAGGGAAUUUGGGGAGGGGGGGGGUCUCCAUCCCCACUAAGGCGCUGCCCCAAAUCCAGGGGGGGGUCCCGGGUUGUUGUUGUUUUUUUUUUUUGGGGGGGGGUCCUCGUGGUGGGCAGGGGUCCCCCCCCACCUCUCCGUGGGGUGCCCCCUGACGCUGUGGGGAAACUCGGGGGGUCUGGGGGCUGGGGGGGGGGGUCCUUUUUUUACAGGCAUCCGGACCCCCUCCCUGCCCCCCCCACCCACCACCCUCGUGGAGCUCCCACCAUGCGGCUCAGGAUGAUUUCGGCUGCCUCCAUCCUCGUCCUGCUCUUCCUGCCCUCGGAGACCUCCUCGCCCCUGCAACCACCCCCGGUACCCGCCGGCAACCCCCAACCCCACGGACAACCCCGGCUCUGCCAACCCCGGAGGGGAAUUGGGGGGAGAGGGGGGGCAGCUUCAACCACCACGGUGGCCCCCCCCCCACGAGACCCCCGGGGGCUGCAGGCGGGCAAGAGGCGAGAGGGGAAACCCAACUCCCUGGACCUCACCUUCCACCUCCUGCGCGAGUUCCUGGAGAUGUCCCGAGAGGAGAGACUGGCCCAGAAGGCGCUGAGCAAUAAGCUGCUGCUGCAGAGUAUAGGGAAGUGACUUUUGGGGGGGGGGUGAAGGGGAUAUCCCCCCCCCCCACCUUGACCGAAAAAAGCACCCAAGGGUGGCUGCGGUGGAGCAGAGAGGGGAAGCUGCUGCCCAGCCGUGUCCCGUGUGGUUGUGCAUUAAAAUCGCCCUCGCACCUGCCCCGUUGCCGUGCCCUCGUGUUCCCCCAGCCCAUUUUUUUUUGGGGGGGGGUCCCUGGGUCUGAGCCCUUUGGGGCUGGGUUGAAGCAUCCCAUCUGUCUGCACACUGGGGAGGGGGUCAGGAGCACCCUCAAAAUGCCCCCCCCCGCACCCCUCCGGCCACUUUGCAGCCAGGGUUUGGGGACGGUGACCCCGCACCAGAUGCGGGUACGGGGUGUUCGCUGCCCUCCUGGAUCUGCUCGGUCCCUGCAGCCCCAAAACUGGUGCUCCCGGACCCCGUGUGCGCUCUGCUCCCAAAUUCCACCCAGAAAGAUGGAAAAAAAAAACAAAAUGUGCAGCGUUGGCACCUGGCAGGUGUUGAAGGGUUGAAGGAGGGCUCUGGGGGUGGAAACGGGA